AUGGAUAGCACUUUCUAGCACCUUUCAGCACUUACUAGCACUUUUCAGUACUUAAAAAUUCAAGAUGGCGGAUAAGGCUGUGUGUUCAAAUCCCAAAUAUCUUCACUAUAAUGACCUUCAUCAUGUGCUCAUUGUCCCAGCAAUUAUCCACUAAAUCUUCUUCGUCGAAAUCUUCUGAACUGGAGUUUUCUAUUCCAGAGCUACUCGCUCCGAUAUCAUCUAUUGUUUUUGAAUACCAUUGAUCAUUGGAUUUUUUGACUUUUAGAGAAUAUACUGAGAACAUCGUCUACAUUUGUUGCUUGGACGUCAUUUGCUGUAUCGAGAAGUUGAAAUUGUACAAUUUUUCUAAUAUGUUAACCAUAUUCUUGCUCCACAAACAUUAGAAAUUGAUCAGAUUUUAAACCAAAAAUAUCAUCUGGCAAAGUGCCAGAAGUAGAACUUGAUGUAGUCACAAAAGAAAUUCUACAAGAGGAAGAGAAUUCCAGAAGUCAAAAGAACGAGAAGAGAAAAGGUAUAUCAAGCAUUUUCUGAAGAACAGAACUGAAAUCGAUUCCCUAUUUUCAAAGACAUUUCUCUUAAAGUCACAAAAAAAAGAUGAAUACAGAUUCUGUAUGCAAAAAGUAAUUGAAAUCCAACGAGAAUAAAACAAAAAUUUGAAAAAAAAAAGUGAUUUAGAGUAGAUUCGAACCUCUGACCUUCUACCAUCUUGAAUAUUAAGAAGCACAAACUCUCACACUUGGUUAUCUUAUAGCGUUCGGCACUUUUCAGCACUUUUUUCAGCACUAGUGCUGCUUUUCCCCCCUUGAUUUUUGCCCUAUAGUGGCCCAUCAACCCCAUGAUAUAGUUUCUUCUACAGACAGAGAUUAGGCACAGUUUGCAUAUAGAAAGAUGCAGAAUUGAAAAGGCUACAGAAUGAGGUAUAACGUGUUCUUUCUAAUCCUAAUUUUCUGAGAUUUAGGGGCAAAAUACCCAGCGGAUGGAGUAAUUUUGACCUAUUGUGGAAUGGUGAAUGAGAUACGGUGUUAUACACGAAAUGGUAGCCGAAAUGCUUAUCAUAUAGAAAAAUGUAAAAUUUAACGUAUUUCAAAUUCAAACCCAUCAGUUUCUUUUAAAAGUAUGCCAUCUAGCAUUUACAUACUGAAUAGUAUAUGACUGUCGCGGCUUUUUAUUUACGGUAUCUCUCAAACUGUUGAGUCACGUUUGGCUAGUCCUUUUCCUGCUUUUUUCAAAAUCUCGCGUUAUCCGAAAGUACAAAUUAACUUGUGCAUUGAAAGCUUCACAAUUUGGGUGACCAAACGAAUAAGCAGCGUAGUCUAAAUGAUAGCGUUCAAUCCGCUGAACAGUUUUAUACCACCUACUGCUCUCAAUUACCAGUAAACAUAACUAAAAAUGUUUCCCCACAAUCAAAAAUAACUGACCUGUUAAUAAAUAAUAGCAAUAAUGAAUAUAUAUAUCCGAAUAGUAAAUGCUGAAAAUCGUUUAAACAGCAAGGAAUCACAAGCCAUGUGCAGUCAUGCGCAAAGAAAUGGUGUAAGGAUUAUGGUAUAGAUUAGCCGGCGAGAUAAUUCAUAUAAGAAGAAGGAAGAACAACUGACAAAAUAUAGGCUGCCUUUGUUUUCCCCAAAGCCAAAAUAGAUUUCUUCAUAAAAAUUUCGCUGUGUUUUGAAGCGUUUGUAUAUCACGCUCAGAAACAUUUUUCGCAACAAUCUCCUCAGAACCAACAGACUUGGUUGGCGCAAGGCAUCUACAGUUAGUUAUUCAUUUUCUGGAAGAGGCUGCCACUGAUAAUAGUAUAAAACGACGCGCACUGUGCCUGGAACAUACAUCGAAGUGGCUAGAAUGUGUCGCAAAUGCUAUAACCGGCGAUAAGUUUUUCCCAUAAUUGAGUCGUUCACUUAGGGAAAGUUCCUCCGUACGUGAAACUGUAAUAAUACCUACAUUAACUGUCUUACUCAAACACACGGACGACGGUAUGAGAACGAGAACAAGUAAAAUAAUUUUUGCCUUAGACCUCAACGCAACCUUCCCGGAGUUUACAAGCGAUUACACUUGGCGAUAGCGAUAUUGGCGAAAGAGGGACUUCAGCUAUAGCUCCCGGCAGAAUGGGUAAAAGUGUCGCAAUGCCUGAGGUGAUCAAAGCAUUGCUGGCUGCACUUGGCGAUGAAGAUCAAGAUGUCAGAUAUUCUGCAGCUGUAGCUCUCGAGGGAGUGAUUGGAGGUGCGGCGCCACACUUCAGUGCUGAUGCAGUUUUAAAACUGAUUGACGGCCUGGCCAGCUAA